UCUCCAUCCUCUUCCUUAGCGGAGCAAAAAAACCUACACAACUCUCAGCAGACGACUUCCCUCACCGGCGACUGCCUCCACGACGUACGCCGGACGGCAGGUCCUCACACUCACAUCACAUCACAGAUCCUUAUUCCUUAACAAUACGUUGGUGUGUCUGAGCAGAGGAUGCUCGUGGCCCUCAGCGCGGCGCAAUGGGUGGUGGGCAAGGCGCUGGCCCCCAUUGCCGAUGGCUUGCUGGAGGCUUGGGGUGCUACCAAGAACUUGGGUCUCAACAUCGAGGCCCUUAGGAUGGAACUGCUGCUCGUGAAGGCCACGCUUGAACUCGCCGGCUGCAAGCAGAUCCAAGGCCAGGCUAUGGAGGAGUUGUUGGGGAAGCUGCGGCACUCGGCGCACUGUGCCGAGGACUUGUUGGACGAGCUGGACUAUUUCCGCAUCCACGAUGAGCUCCAUGGCAUGUACGACGCUGCAGAUCAGCAUGCCAAGGGUUGCGUCCAUGAUUUUUGUCUCAAUGCUCGCCACACUGCCAAAGCUGUUAGCCAACUGGUUGGUUUAUCCACGAGGUCGUCUGCUUCCAGCCCUGCAUGUGAUCCUGGAGAAGUACAAGCUGCAAGACAACGGGUCAGCUGUUGCGUUUGGCCUCAUGGUAGGCAGAGGUCAUGCGGCAAUUCCUCCUUGGCGCCAAAUGCUAAUCAGGAGGUCAGUGGAUGCAUUCCCAGGCUCGGUAAACUCCUCCUUUGCUCAUCUUCCCCACAUGUAUGUGAUGAUCAUUCUGGCCAGCCAACUCUUCGUGGUGCAUCACAAAAGGAAACACCAGUACUGGGGUUUCAUAGGGUUUAUGUCUCUGAAAGAAUGAAGUGCAUUGUUGAGCAACUGCAGCCUGUGCGUACAGAGGUUACCAAGAUUCUGCAGAGUUGUGACCGUAUGACUGUCCCUGAUAUUUCAGUGAGCCGUCCCGUUACCACUGGCCAAAGUACGGAGCAGAAAUUGUAUGGGAGGGACCAUAUCAUGCAUACCAUCAUACAUGAUAUGACCAAGGGUAAAUACUACAGCAAGGAUCUAACCGUGCUUCCGGUUGUCGGUCCAGGGGGAAUAGGGAAGACAACACUGGUACAGUACAUAUAUAGAAACCAGCAAGUGCAAGAUCAUUUUCAAGUCCUUAUUUGGGUAUGUGUGUCACUCAGUUUCAAUUUGAGUAAGCUGCUAGAUGAGAUUAAAACAUAUAUCCCUCGGGUCGAAGGGGAAAAAGUUGGCAGAGUCGAAGAGCUGAUUGAACAGAGAUUAAAAUCCAAAAGGUUUUUGCUUGUACUGGAUGAUGUAUGGGAGUUCAGUAAUGGGGAUGACUGGAAAAGGUUAUUGCUGCCAUUCAAAGCAUCGCAAGAAAAAGGUAGUGUGAUUCUACUCACGACUCGGUUUCCAGCAAUAGCAAAUAUGGGUAAAACAGCUGAUUAUAUAGAACUGGAAGGAUUAAAAUCUGAAGAAUUUAGGAAGUUGUUUCUUUCGUUUGUGUUUGUUGAUGAGCCCUUUACAAGUGAUCAUAGUUUUUUGCUUGAGACCGGAGAUAAGAUAAUGGAAAACCUAAAGGGCUCUCCUCUUGCUGCAAAAACAGUUGGUGCAUUAUUGAGAAAAAACCUUAAUUUGCGUCAUUGGAGAAGAGUCUUAGAAAGUAAAGAAUGGGAGAGACAAACCGGUGUCAAUGACAUUAUGUCUGCCUUGAAGCUUAGCUAUUACUAUCUUCCUUUCCAUCAGCGACAAUGUUUCUCCUAUUCUGCAUUGUUUCCUGAAGAUUACAAGUAUAGUGGUGCUGAGCUAAUCAACUUUUGGAUAGGACUGGAUAUUUUACAACCUUGUGGUCAAAAUCAAACAUUGGAAGAUAUAGGUCUGAGCAAUUUAAAUGAUCUGGUCACAUAUGGAUUUUUCAAAGAAGAGAAAACUAAUGGUCGUCUGCGUUAUGUAAUGCAUGACCUGCUACAUGAUUUAGCAUUGCACAUGGGAUCUCAUGAAUACAUUAGUUUACAUCGGUCUAAUGUGGGAUCAGUGCAGAUUAAGCCAUCCAUACGUCACUUGUCUAUAAUCAUAGAUGAUGAUGAUACACUCUCUCAAGAGAACUUUAAGGGACAAUUGAGAAAACUGAAGACGAUAUUGAAGGUUAAGCAAUUGCAUAGUUUGAUGUUAUUUGGAGAAAUGGAUGAGAGCUUUGCCAGCAUUUUGAGUGAUUUGUUUAGGGAAGCAAAUGGUCUUCGUGUUCUCCGUCUGGUUAACAUGCCAACUUCUGUGGAGUUCAUGUUACACAACUUUUCAGCACUUGUCCACCUGCGAUACUUAUGUCUGGGUACAAAAAAGUAUGGGAGGGAGAUGCAAUUACCACUUGCCAUUUCCAGAUUUUAUCAUUUAAGGGUUCUGGAUCUAGGAUCAUGGUAUGGCUGUUGUGAUUUGCCAAGAGACUUGAGCAAGCUUGCAAAAUUGCGUCGUUUUUAUACCCUGAGUGAUGAGCUUCAUUCUGAUAUUUAUAAUGUGGGAAAACUCAGACUC